AUGCGAUCAGGAGGAGGAGAGAAAGAAGAUACGAUGGGAAAUCGACGCAAGUCCCUUCUUAAGGCUAUCUUCCAGCGCAGCCUCGAGGAGUUGAAGGAGUGGGAGAAGAAUGAAGCCAGUACUGAAGCAAAAGAUGUCAACUUCACAGUUGGAGUGCAGAAGUACACUCCCCUGAUGCUUGCGGUGGCGCGAGGAAAUCUGGACGUGAUCAAAUACCUCGUGGAGAAUUUGAACGCGAGGAAAGACGCCAAGGAUACCAAAGAGCAAACAGCACAGGACCUGGCGAAGACGCACAAUGUUCCCAAUGCCGACGAGAUCGUCAAGUUCUUGUCAGGUGAUAAAAGUUCACAGCCGUCAGACACUAAGAAGCCCCGGACUACUGAGUGA